UGUUCUCCUCUCUCUUUCUUCUCUCUCUGAUUUUCAAUUCUCCGAAUUCACAGAGAAGCAACGCUUUAGCUUCCAUUUCUCUGCCUGGUUUCAGCUUUUUUUCUCCGUUAUUCAAGGAUCUUCGGCAUAUUGUUGGAAUAUCGACAUGGAUCGCAGAUCACAGGCACAUUGCAGUCUGGUGGUUAACAGCUUGUAGAUUAUGUGAUUAUUAAUUUAUGACUUUAAAGAACGAGGGGUCAGUUCUUUCUCUAUAUUUUUGGUUGAGUACUGAACGCCUCCGUUGUUAAAUUAUGUGCUUUUGAGAUUCACGGUGAUGUGUCUAUGAGUAAGUGUUGGGAAAAUUUCCUAUGGAUUUAGUUUGAAUAUAAUAUUUUGUGGGUCAUAAAUAUUUUAUAGUAGUGAAGCCUGGCUCUAGAGAGCUACGUGGACGCCGGCCACCAAGGACUGGUGCCCUCAAUGGCAUCUUCUCGGGUGGCUGGAGGAUUAGCACAAUCUUCCUCAAGUUCUGGGAUUUUUUUCCAAGGAGAUGGGCAGUCAAAGGCUACUGUGAAAUCCCAUUUGGGCUCAUCUUAUGGAAACUCAUCAAAUUCAAUUCCAGGAACUGGCCAUUCAAAUUUGGGUCCAGUUUCUGGGGACACGAAUAAUGGAGUGUUAAAUAGUGUGGCAAACUCGGGACCAAGUGUUGGGGCAAGUUCACUAGUUACAGAUGCAAACUCUGGACUUUCAGGUGGGCCUCACUUGCAGAGAAGUCCGAGCAUGAAUGCAGAAUCAUACAUGCGAUUACCCACAUCGCCUUUGUCUUUUACAUCAAAUAACACCCAGCCGCAGGCCCGACAAGUUGCUCCAGGUGAUGCAUCAUUGUCAAAUUCACAAACCGUCCAAGCUUCACUCCCCAUUGGUGCACGUGUCUCUGGAUCUGUCAUGACAGAUCCCAACAUUUAUUCUCAGUCACAGAAGAAACCACGCUUGGAGAUUAAGCAGGGCGAAUUUUUGCAACAGCAGGUGCUACAACAGCUACUGCAGAGACAUGAUUCCGUGCAGAUGCAAGGUCGUAGUCCGCAGAUACAAGCAUUACUUCAGCAACAGAGACUGCGGCAGCAACAACAAAUUUUCCAGUCUUUGCCUCAUUUGCAGAGAGCUCACUUGCAGCAGCAGCAGCAGAUACAGUUGAGACAGCAACUUCAACAACAGGCAAUACAACCAGUAACUGCUAUGAAGCGGCCUCAUGAUGGUGGUGUAUGUGCUCGGCGGCUAAUGCAGUACCUAUAUCAUCAGCGUCAAAGGCCUGCCGAUAAUAGUAUUGCCUAUUGGAGGAAGUUCGUGACAGAAUAUUAUUCCCCUCGUGCAAAGAAGAGAUGGUGUUUGUCAUUGUAUGACAAUGUUGGUCAUCAUGCACUUGGUGUUUUCCCUCAAGCAGCUAUGGACGCAUGGCAGUGUGACAUUUGUGGUUCAAAAUCUGGAAGGGGAUUUGAGGCUUCCUUUGAAGUGCUUCCUAGACUUAAUGAGAUCAAAUUUGGCAGUGGUGUCAUCGAUGAACUAUUAUUUUUGGAUUCGCCACGGGAAUGGAGAUUUCCUUCUGGAAUUAUGAUGUUAGAGUAUGAAAAAGUAGUACAAGAGAGUGUAUAUGAGCAACUUCGUGUUGUUCGGGAGGGUCAGCUUCGUAUCAUAUUUACACAUGAAUUGAAGAUAUUGGCAUGGGAGUUUUGUGCAAGACGCCAUGAAGAACUUCUUCCUCGUAGGCUGGUUGCCCCUCAGGUGAAUCAGUUGGUCCAGGUGGCACAGAAAUGCCAGAACACGAUUGCUGAAGGUGGAUCUGAUGGGGCUUCUCAGCAGGAUCUACAAACAAAUAGCAAAAUGGUUUUGACAGCUGGACAGCAGCUUGCAAAGAGUCUGGAGUUGCAUUCACUGAAUGAUUUAGGAUUCUCUAAAAGAUACGUUAGAUGCUUGCAGAUAUCGGAGGUUGUCAAUAGCAUGAAAGAUCUCAUUGAUUUCUGUAGGGAGCAGAAAACCGGGCCAGUUGAUGGUCUGAAGAGUUAUCCUCAGCACGCCACAGCCAAGCUGCAGAUGCAAAAGAUGCAAGAGAUUGAGCAGGUAGCUACUGCUCAGGGUCUGCCCACGGACCGUAACAAUUUCAGUAGAAUGGUCGCCCUGCAUCCUGGACUGAACAACCAAAUGAAUAGCCAAAAUCAACUAGUCGGCAGAGGGACGUUGAGCGGUUCGGCACAAGCUGCUUUGGCAUUGUCAAGCUACCAGAAUCUGCUGUUGAGACAGAACUCAAUGAAUUCGACAAGCUCAAACCCACACCAGCAGGAGACAUCAUCAUUCAAUAAUUCAAACCAGAGUCCAUCGUCAAGCUUCCAUGGGACUGCUCCCUUAACAUCUGGACCGAUGCAGAACUUGCCCGGUAGCGGUCUUUCAAGUCCUCGUCUACCUCCUCAACAAUCUAAGCAAGCACAACAACUGCAUCAGCGCCCCAAUGCUAACAACUUACUCACACAAAACCAUCUUCAGAAUGCCCAAGGUAACGGUAACGGUAAUCAGGCCAUGCAACAUCAGAUGAUCCAGCAACUACUCCAGAUGUCUAAUAACAGUGGGGCAGGGCAGCAGCAACCACUUGCUGGAUCGAACACAAACGGAAGCAUGGCCGGGACUUUCACGGGUUUCGGGGGCAGCUCAUCUGUGGCGGCUGCUGGCACAGCCAAUGCAUCUGGUAGUAACACGCCUGCCCCAAGCCGGAGUAACAGUUUCAAAAGCGGCGACGUAUCAGCGGGUGGUCGUAGCAGCGGAGGGUUCAACCAAAAUCUUCACCCGGAGGAGGAUAUACUCCAGGACAUAGCCCAUGAUUUUACAGAAAAUGGGUUUUUUAACAGUGACCUUGAUGACAAUAUGUGCUUCAACUGGAAAAGUUAUAACUAACAUAAAUAGGCCUAACAAUUGGCUCCCACCCUUGGCCUUGGGUUAAGUGGAGAACAUAUAUAUUUUGUACAGAGGAUAUUUGGGAUACAUAUUUUCUUCUGAUCUCUCAUUUUUAUCUAUUUUUAUUUUUAUUUUUUUGGAAUGUGGUAUUUGGCCUGCCCUGGGAACGUCAUGCUUAUUGGUAUAAUUCAUUGGGUUUUUAGAGGUCCUCCUGAAUGGUAUUGGUAUUUCUAUAUUGGUUUCCAAGUGUUCAAAACUGUAAUUUCUGUGUAUGAAGACUUAAACAGCAGCUUCAUAGUUUCAUUGUUAUAUGAUGUUAUCAAAAUAACUUA